CGCUGUUUGACUCACACACGCGGCGGAUUUUGCUGGCCGGCGGAUUGAGUAUGCAACUAUGCUCGUGCCGCCAGAUAUGCUAGCAGCGCAAUCCAAGAUGGUUUACCAGCUCAAUAAGUAUUACACGGAAAAGGUGCAAGCGAGAAAACUGCAGACCGCCAAAACGAUCCAGGAAGUGUGCCGCGUGGUGCAGGACGUGCUCAAGGAGGUGGAAGUGCAAGAGCCGCGGUUUAUAUCGUCGUUGACGGAUUACAACGGCCGAUACGACGGACUCGAAGUGGUGACUCCUACGGAGUUCGAGGUGGUGAUUUAUCUGAACCAGAUGGGAGUGUUGAACUUCGUGGAUGACGGUACGUUGCCCGGUUGCGCGGUAUUGAAACUGAGCGACGGCAGAAAGAGGUCGAUGUCGUUGUGGGUCGAGUUCAUUACGGCUUCCGGUUACCUUUCCGCGAGGAAAAUGCGUUCCCGUUUUCAAACGCUGGUAGCGCAGGCGUGCGAUAAAUGUUCCUACCGAGAUUCGGUGAAAAUGAUUGCGGACACCACGGAGGUGAAAUUAAGGAUACGCGAACGUUUCAUCGUGCAAAUAACGCCGGCAUUCAAGUGCACGGGAUUGUGGCCCAGGUCGGCGGCCCAUUGGCCGUUGCCGCAAAUACCGUGGCCGCAUCCGAACUUAGUGGUUGAGGUGAAAACCGAGGGCUUCGAUCUGUUGUCCAAAGAGUGCAUCGCGUUACAGGGCAAGCAAUCGGCGAUGGAAGGCGACGCUUGGGUGUUAUCUUUUCUCGAGGCGGAAAAUAGACUUCUGCAAGGCGGUUGCAGGAAGCGUUGCUUGAGCAUAUUGAAAACGCUGCGUGACCGUCAUCUAGAUUUGCCGGGAAAUCCGGUGACCAGUUACCACAUGAAAACUUUGCUGCUGUACGAGUGCGAGAAGCAUCCGCGGGAAAGCGAGUGGGACGAGGCUUGCAUCGCGGAUAGGAUCAACGGAAUCUUUCUGCAGCUCAUAUCGUGUUUGCAGUGCAAGAGGUGUCCCCAUUACUUCCUACCGAAUUUGGAUUUGUUUAAGGGCAAAUCGGCGGGCGCUUUGGAGAACGCCUCUAAACAAGUGUGGCGAUUGACGCGGGAAAUGUUGACAAACUCGAGGUGUUUCGAAAAAUUAUAGAGUUCCUUUGAGAGACUGGGUAAGCGCCGUGCGUUGUUAGAGAUUAUGGCCUAUGUAGAGACCAACCCGCUCAACGCGAGACAAAAUAUCAACUGACUGUGAUUUUUCGUUAUGACUGCUUUACGUUGUACGUAUACUGUUAAUAAUAUUAUUUGUAUGGUAUUUUUUAUAUAUUUAAAUAAACGAGAUGAUUUUUUUGGUACGUACUUAAGUUCCCGCCAAUAUUUUUUUCUUUGGUAUCG